AUGGGUUGGUUUAGUAAAGAUAAAGAAAAUGAGGAUAAAAAUAAAAAUGUUGAAACAGUUAAUGAACCUGUAUUAACUAAUUAUUCAAAGGGCCAAAAGAUUUUAAUGCAAGAUAAACCACCAAGAUUUGAUCCUGAAUCGUCGAAUUCAGGAUCAAAUACAUCAGGAAUGAUGAAAAAUGCUUUAGAAACAAUUAAUUGGAAAGAUUUUUCAUUAGCGAAAUUAACAGAAAUUCCUUGUUUUAGAGAUGCUGGUAUGGUUGGUUUUUCUUCGAUGUUUAUUUUAGGUUCGAUUACUUUAUUAUAUCAUAAAAAUCCAAUUAAAGCAACAAAUUGGGCAACUGGUGGUUUAUUUUUAGGUUCAAUUGUUGGUUGGGAACAAUGUAGAAUGAAAAGAAAGAAAAGUAUGGAAAUUUCUACAAUGGCAAUGCAAACAAUGCAAGAAAAGAAGAGAAAAGAGGCAAUUGCUCAAGGUAAAUUACCUGCACAUAAAGAAAAGAAAGAAAUAUCACCUGAAAAAUUGAAAGAAAUUGAAAUUUUGAAAAAAGAAUGGGAAAAUCAUCCAAAUGAUUCAUCUUUUAAUUUAAAUAGUAAACCUUGGUAUAAAUUUUGGUGA